CUGUUCACCAAAGCCAGAGAGAAAGUAUCUAAAAGGUAGGAUGAGAGGGUGUGAAAGUUGGAGGAGAGGUGGUGAUGUAUUUUUCACAUUUUGUUUUGCUGGAUAACUUUAACAUGCUAUAAAAGUGAAUAAUUUGUAAAACCUAGCUGCCCAUUAUAACCUGACACAUCUUUCUUGGUCUAGUCCUAAUCUGAAAAGUAUUUUUAGCACCUUGCUCACUAUUGCUAUUUUCCCUGCCUUGAUUCUAAAUUAAUGUUUUUAUUGUAUGUUUCUUGCCAAAGUAGAGCUUUGAGGUAACUCUGUAAUGUAAAGCGUUAAGCCAUAUUAUUAUUAUUAUUAUUAAGUGUGUAGAAAAAAAAUCUGAUUCACAUCCAGUGAGGGAAAAAAGUAUUUGAUCCCCUGCUGAUUUUGUACGUUUGCCCACUGACAAAGACAUGAUCAGUCUAUAAUUUUAAUGGUAGGUUUGAACAGUGAGAGACAGAAUAACAACAAAGAAAUCCAGUCAAAAAUGUUAUAAAUUGAUUUGCAUUUUAAUGAGGGAAAUAAGUAUUUGACCCCUCUGCAAAACAUGACUUAGUACUUGGUGGCAAAACCCUUGUUGGCAAUCACAGAGGUCAGACGUUUCUUGUAGUUGGCCACCAGGUUUGCACACAUCUAAGGAGGGAUUUUGUCCCACACCUCUUUGCAGAUCUUCUCCAAGUCAUUAAGGUUUCGAGGCUGACAUUUGGCAACUCGAACCUUCAGCUCCCUCCACAGAUUUUCUAUGGGAUUAAGGUCUGGAGACUGGCUAGGCCACUCCAGGACCUUAAUGUGCUUCUUCUUGAGCCACUCCUUUGUUGCCUUGGCCGUGUGCUUUGGGUCAUUGUCAUGCUGGAAUACCCAUCCACAACCCAUUUUCAAUGCCCUGGCUGAGGGAAGGAGGUUCUCACCCAAGAUUUGAUGGUACAUGGCCCCGUCCAUCGUCCCUUUGAUGCGGUGAAGUUGUCCUGUCCCCUUAGCAGAAAAACACCCCCAAAGCAUAAUGUCUCCACCUCCAUGUUUGACGGUGGGGAUGGUGUUCUUGGGGUCAUAGGCAGCAUUCCUCCUCCUCCAAACACGGCUAGUUGAGUUGAUGCCAAAGAGCUCGAUUUUGGUCUCAUCUGACCACAACACUUUCAUCUAGUUCUCCUCUGAAUCAUUCAGAUGUUCAUUGGCAAACUUCAGACGGGCCUGUAUAUGUGCUUUCUUGAGCAGGGGGACCUUGCGGGCGCUGCAGGAUUUCAGUCCUUCACGGCGUAAUGUGUUACCAAUUGUUUUCUUGGUGACUAUGAUCCCAGCUGCCUUGAGAUCAUUGACAAGAUCCUCCCGUGUAGUUCUGGGCUGAUUCCUCACCGUUCUCAUGAUCAUUGCGACUCCAUGAUGUGAGAUCUUGCAUGGAGCCCCAGGUUGAGGGAGAUUGACAGUUCUUUUGUGUUUCUUCCAUUUGCGAAUAAUCGCACCAACUGUUGUCACCUUCUCACCAAGCUGCUUGGCGAUGGUCUUGUAGCCCAUUCCAGCCUUGUGUAGGUCUACAAUCUUGUCCCUGACAUCCUUGGAGAGCUCUUUGGUCUUGGCCAUGGUGGAGAGUUUGGAAUCUGAUUGAUUGAUUGCUUCUGUGGACAGGUGUCUUUUACACAGGUAACAAACUGAGAUUAGGAGCACUCCCUUUAAGAGUGUGCUCCUAAUCUCAGCUCGUUACCUGUAUAAAAGACACCUGGGAGCCAGAAAUCUUUCUGAUUGAGAGGGGGUCAAAUACUUAUUUCCCUCAUUAAAAUGCAAAUCAAUUUAUAAUAUUUUUGACAUGCGUUUUUCUGGAUUUUUUUGUUGUUAUUCUGUCUCUCAGUGUUCAAAUAAACCUACCAUAAAAAUUAUGGACUGAUCAUUUCUUUGUCAGUGGGCAAACGUACAAAAUCAGCAGGGGAUCAAAUACUUUUUUCCCUCACUGUAAAUUGUGAACUCUCCGUUUCAAUUCAACCUAUGACCAUGGGCUGAGUAUCUGCAUGCUGUUGCAAACUGUUUCAAUGUUUUGUUAUAGUAUGUGAAAGAUAUUUCUAAAGAUAAUAUGUAUGUUUGUGUAUUUUAGAAUAAAUCUGAAAAUAGCUAAUUCUGGAUUCACCAUGCUAACUAGGGUUACAAGUCAAACCAUUAUCAGUAGUUAAACCCAAUGGUGAAAAAAUCACAUGAGAUGAACUGGGUAGUUGGGUCUGUAAAUGUACAGGAUGUCACUCAAGGCGUGUUGUGUGUUAGAGGGUAGCUAGCACCCACCUUCGAGCUAACCUGAGAUUUUGAGCACAGAAGCACUAGACUCACACACAUUGAACCUGCUCUGUGAGGAAAUUGACACCACAGAGAUGCAAUGAGGAUAUAAGUCAUAGUGGUGAUGACACAGUUCACACAGCAUCACAGAGGAAUUGAGUACAGUGCAUAUCUUGAGGAUUUGGAUGCAAGUGUCUUUAACUAAUAUAUAUGGUGAGUAUUCAAACAGAUUUGUUUAUUCCAUCUUGUUGGAAAAUGUUAUAUUUUAAUGUUAAAAAUAUUAUUUUAACUGCAUUACGGCAAAAUGAGUCGAAUAUGAGAGUAAACUGAAUGUUUCUUGAAUGGGGGAGAUUUUGUAUUCAACUUCUGUUAAAUCUACGCCCUGAGAGACGUGCAUAUGCUUUAGGUCCACAAGACUCCACACUUCUGUGUCAGAAAGCUUGCAACAAAAACUGCUAUAGAACUGGAAUAUUCAACAUACUUUAAUGUCUAGCAUUCAAAAUAAAAUGUGUUUGUUAUUUAUGUCUUUCCAUGUAUGUUUUCAGUGUAUGAUACAAGCCACACUUUACAUGCUGUACCUCUUGUCAUCACAGGAUGUGUAGGGUGAAAAACCACUGAAAUUUAGUGUUGAAAAUAACUAUCUUAUCUUUGUGUCGUUGCUCUUUUUGGACCAGAUGUCGGUACACUAUUCUUCUGUUCUGCAUUUGGCAAUACUUCUGAGUCUCCACUCAGGUAAUGUGUGUGUGUGUGUGUUGGGGUGGGGGGGGUUGCAGCAUCAAGGGUCAAAUUGUAAUUUAUGAUUGCAUAAGAAAGCAUCAGUGCAUUCACUUCUGAAAUAUAAAAAUGAUUGAACUGAAAUGAAAAGUGAUUGCUGAGAGACUUGCUGAGACAGACCCUACAUUUAUUGACUUAUUAAUACAUGUGUCCCAGCCAGUAUGGAGCUGGGAAGUGAAGUGACUUAAAAUGAUUUUACAAUUGUCAGCAGGUGUGUUAUGACCUAAAUCACUUCAUCACCUGCUUUCUCAGAUUGAUCAACACUGAUCUCUUUUUCUACAGGUUUACAGACCCUAACUACACUGUCAAAACAUCCAACAGCAGUCAUAGUACACAAAGGAAAUUCAGUGACGAUCCACUGCACCCACAAUUUACCCUAUGACAUUGAAAUAUUUACAGUAACUAUAAAAGGAACAGAGGUGCUGUGCUUUCAUCAGUUUAACAGACAAGAGUGGCUGGUGCCGAAGAAUUGUAAAGAAAGUGUACGAAUGAUUUGGAAUAAUGAGACUAAAGAGAUCUCAUUUUUACUGAUGAAACUACAGAUAAAUGAUGCUGGACUUUACUCCUGUGAAGUGAAAAGAGCUGCACCUCCACCUGAACAAGUUUUCUCAAAAAACAUAACUAUUUGUGUAACAGGUUAACGAUCUCUGAAAAUACUUGAUAGAACUACAAUCUACAUGUAAAACCAUUAAGACCCUGUGAUCACAACAUGAUAUGUGAAUGCUACUUGACUCCAAAUUGAAAAUAAUGUUUGUUUACCCUUUUAUUUCUGCAUCUGCAUCUUUCUGUUUGUGUAUCCAGCCCCUCCUGUAGUAUCUGUGUCUGAUGUAAAGGAGUCCAGUGGUGGACUUCCCAUGUUGCUGUGCUCCUCUCAGGGUUUUUACCCAGAGACCAUAGAGCAGGUGUGGUUUAAAGAUGGUCAGCUCCUCAACACCACACUUUCAGACACGCAGAAGGAGGUCAACCCAGAUGGUUCCUUCACACUCCACUCCUACCUGCCUCUGUCCUCAGGACCCAGCCAGACUGGCCUCUACCUCUGCUUGGUCAACCACUCUGCUCUCAGCCAGCCUAUCACUGUCAAUCACACAGUCAUGUCCAAUGGUGAGAGCUAUGUGUUAAUAAGUUAGUAUUACUAGUUGACAAUGUAACAUGUAGAUUUCUAUAUCUAUGUAAUAUGAUUUUGGUGCUCUACACAACUUUACCAUAAUAUCUUGUGAUACAGUGAGCUCCAAAAGUAUUGGGACAUUUUUAGUCAUUUAGCAGAUGCCCUUAUCCAGAGUGACUUACAGUUAGUGAGUGCAUACAUUUUUCAUACUGGACAGUGACAUAUUUUUUGUGGUUUGGAUUUGAAAUGAACUGUUUAGAAAUUACAGCACUUUUUGUACAUAGUACAUAGUCCCAACAAAAUAUUGGGACAAAUUCGCUUAUAUGUGUAUUCAAGUAGUAAAAAGUUAAGUAUUUGGUCCCAUAUUCGUAGCACGCAACGACUACAUCACAUUUUUGACUCUACAAAUUUGUUGGAUACAUUUGCAGUUUGUUUUGGUUAUAUUUCAAACGGUUCACCCGAUAUGGAUGAAAAUACCCUCAAAUUAAAGCUGACAGUCUGCACUUUAACCUCAUAUUCACUGUAUCAUUUCAAAUUCAAAGUGGUGGAGUACAGAGCCAAAACAACAACAAAUGUGUCACUGUCCCAAAACUUUUGGAGCUCACCUCCAUUCGAUCACCAUUCUAAGAGGAUGGUGGAUAUAUUUAUAUACUGAUCUAACUUCUAUUCUAAUAAUAAUAAUAUAAUAUGCCAUUUAGCAGACGCUUUUAUCCAAAGCGACUUACAGUCAUGUAUGCAUACAUUUUUACAUAUGGGUGGUCCCGGGGAUCGAACCCACCACCCUGGCGUUACAAGCACCAUGCUCUACCAAUUGAGCUACAGAGGACCACAUUCUUUCUGGCAAUAAUUAUGUUCUGGGAUACUGUAUGUCAAUUACUUUUUUCUCAUUAUUUAAUGGAUAUCACACACUUUUCCUAAUGUUUUUUAGGUUUCCCAGUGAGUUGGCUAUUGAUUGUGGUCAGCAUUGGAGCGGUCUUGAUUGUAGUAAUCCUUAUCAUCAUAUUCAUCAAGUGUACAUAUUUCAGUGAGUAAUUAGAUUUUCUGUCUCGCAUGCUUGAUAUCGUGAUAGCAUGAUAUGAUAUUUUAAAGAUGCACUCUGGGAUCUUAAGCUCAACAAAUUCAUAACAUAUUGCACGAAUGAGGUUUGUAAUAUAUCACACAAAUUGCAAAAUUCAUAUGACAUCAUACGAAUGACAAAAUCCGUAACAUAUGACACAAAAUGUAUGACGUAGCACAAAAUUGGAUGAAGUGGUACACAAAAAACGGGGACCCGUUUUGGCUGGUGAGCACCACUUUCAAAACUACUGGCUGAAAUGAUACAUGAGUUUGAGAGUGCAUCUUUAAGUAUCAAGCACUAGAUGUGUAAUGCAAUAUAAAACAGUCAAAAAUGUAUUAAAACUAUUAGCGCACAUUUCCAAUUACAGUACAAAUCAUAAACAUACAGUAAUGUUUAGGAGUCAGGUUUUUUCUAGGGGAAUUAUUUGUGACAUAUUUCUCAAUCAAACAUACUGUAUUACAGUGCAUUUGGUCCAUUUGAUCAAUGUCACAUUGAUUGUUCUCCAGAGAGAGUCACACACCUUUCUCCUCUUGGAACGUCCCAAGAACCUGGCCACACUGUCUCCUCUGUGACUGAGAACAUGGUCUACUCAACACUGGGAGACCAUCAUCCAAUUCCUCUCUCCACUGCUAUACCAACACAGACAAGGGCAUUAGACAGUACCACCCGAUGUACCAAAUCCUAGGAUGGGAUCCUAGCUACAGAUGAAUUGUGUAGGACUUUCUCAGAACCACCAUGUUUGGGACACUUGACUGGGGAAUAAAAAAAAAUCGAAUUUGCUUGUAGGCUGUCUGUUCUAAUGAUACGUAUAAAAACAAUUUGACACACUGCAGGCCGUUAGGCCAUGGAUUAAUGUUGAAUGGUUGUUCAUACUGUAAUGCCUCUGAUUAUGUUAAUUUCAGCUAAUCCAGUCAUUGAUACCAGUAAUCUUCUCUCUAUGUCAGGGUGGCAGCCCAGAACAAAACCACAACAUUUAAAAAGUGAAGCUGUAAUACAUUUUAAGUUAAAAAAAGAUAUAGAUAUGUUUUUAAAAAUGUAUUGAAACAUUUUUUAAAACAUUUUAUUUCUGUGAAAUGUAUUUUUGAUGGAGACCUGUCUUAGAGAGCAACUAGUAUAAACACAGCAUGCUAUCUUAC